AUGGAAAAACAGGCCCUUCAUGAAGUAGAUCAUGGCCUCAUCAGCCAACUACUGGUGGAUUCAGAAGAGAAUCUUAGUGUAUGCACUGAGAAAAUGCAGUCCACAGCUCCAUAUAACUGGAGUGCUGACUGGAGCUUCUGGAUCUCAAGUUCCACUUACAAAUAUCGGAAUGAAGAAUUCAAGAAACAAUUCUCACAUCUGCCAGAUUUGGAAAGGCUUGUAGUGGAUUAUGCCUGUGCCCUCCAAAAAGAUAUCCUCCUUCAAGGACGCUUAUAUCUGUCUGAAAACUGGGUUUGUUUUUAUAGCAACAUCUUCAGAUGGGAGACUAUGAUUUCUAUCGCUUUGAAGGACAUUACCUUCAUGACAAAAGAGAAGACCGCUCGGCUUAUUCCAAAUGCUAUCCAAAUUGCUACAGAAGGGGAGAAGUUUUUCUUCACUUCCUUCAGUGCCAGAGACCGAACCUACCUCAAUAUAUUUCGAUUAUGGCAGAAUGCAUUGUUGGAGAAGAGAUUAACCAAAGAGGAAUUCUGGCAGCUUGUACACCAGAGCUAUGGCUCUGAGCUUGGCUUAAAUACAGAAGAGAUGGAAAGCAUUUAUUCAUCAUCUGAAGAGAAGGGACAAUUAAGAUCUAACCUUAGUGAUGAAUCUGGAGAUAAGGAACCAGCUAAAGCUGUUGGUAUAAUUCAAGAAUCCAGUGUUCAGACUGAAGUUGAGGCAGAAUUUCUUAGUGGAAACGCACUUUUAGAAGGAACUGAACCAGAAGAAUGUCAUUAUGAUAAGCAAGACAGGAGGAAUUCUUUGAUUCCUUUAGAAAGGAAGCUCUCUGAUGUUGUACCACACAAAGUUUCAGUACAAGCCUUGGAUCUAAAUAAGAAUUUCCCUGAGGAGAAGAGCACUGCCUCAGAAAGUGAUGAAGAAGCUGAGGAAACCAUCCUUGAGAGUGAUCUCCAUGGAAAACUCUUUAUUAAUCGCAUUUUCCGUAUUGGUGCAGAUAGGAUGUUUGAAAUGCUUUUCACUAAUUCUCAUUUCAUGCAGAGAUAUCUCAGGACUAGAAAUAUAACAGAUACUGUAUCAACUUCUUGGAACAAAGAUAAUGGAGGCAAACAGCUGAGGACUCUGACUUACACGAUUAUGCUUAACAAUCCACUUGUUGGAAAAUUCACAACUGCAACAGAAAAACAGGUGCUGUAUAAACAAAACCACAAAGAUCGGUCUUACCGAGUAGAUGCAGAGGUGGUCACGCAUGAUGUGCCUUACCAUGAUUAUUUCUACACUGUGAACAGUUAUGGUAUCUCUCAUAUGUCCAGUCAAAAAUGCAGACUCCGGAUUUCCUCAGAUGUGAAAUACAAAAAACAACCAUGGGGGCUUGUCAAGAAUAUAAUUGAAAAGAAUACAUGGGGUGGGAUCCAGGAAAAUUUUAAACAACUUGAAUCAGAAUUGCUAAUGGAAGAAUAUGCAAUAAACAAACCUAUUGAGGAUCCUGCAAAACUUGGAGUCCUAAGAAGGAGAAGAUGGAUUUUACAGCGGAAUGCAGAAGAGAUGCUUCCUAAACACUCUGUACAACAUUCUACAGAAGACAAAAGAACAAUCUCUCUUGGGGAUGUAGGAACAAAGAAGAAUGCUACAGAUAAAACCAUCAUCAUCAUCAUAGUGGUAAUGAGUAUCUUUUUAGUUGUACUGGUUUUUCUGAAUGUGGCACUGUUCUUCAAAUUGUCAAAGAUCGAGCAUGCAGCUCAGUCAUUUUACCAUGUUCAGCUUCAGGAAGAAGGGUCAGCAACUCUAGACCUUAGUGUGGCAUCAAAAGAGAAAACUCAGCAUAACAUGGAUCAAGCCCAGCAUGUGAAAGGGGUGCUAAGGGAUUCUAUAGCAUUGCUUGAACAACUGAAGACCUCAUUGUCUAUGCUCCAAAGUGGUUUUGAUCACCUAAACAAGACCAUAGAUGAGAAGCCUGAAAGCUGAUAUCACCAAAACCAUCUACUAAGAAGAAUGAAGAUAUAUUGUAGCAAUGGAGAAGCUGCUGCUUUUUCUCACAGUUUUCUCCUCACAACACUUUCACAUGUAAUAAAUAUUGCCCUGGAAUAUGCUCCUUUAAAAACAAACUUACUAGUUUGUGAAUCUUCCUGACCCACUUGAUGUCUUAUGUGUGUGUCUCUGUGUAUGUAUGUGAGAGAAAACACUUUCUUGAGCUGUGAAUACUUGGUGGAAAUGAAGAACACAAUGAGAGCUGAUAAUUAUAUAAUAUAUAAAUUGGAGAGAUACAUAAAGCAAACGAAUAUAAAGUAAUAAACACUGGAUUUAGAUGGGAACAAUCUUAAGUGUUAUGAAAAAUGUAAUAUAAAAUGUCUUGUUUAGUUUAUCACAUGCAGAGUUUUUCGUAUCUUCUUCCUUUUGUCUAUGUAACAAAUCUUCAAAAGUAAAUUGUUACAACACUUGGUUUAUGUGUUCCAGGUAUCUAUGAAUAUAUCUAAACUUUACAUGUAGCUUUUUCUGUUUGGGGGUUUGCUUUAUGGGUUAUAACAUUGCUUCCUGUUUGUCACUGUCAUUUCAAUUUUCUCAGAAUUUCUCAGGUAAUUUUCAUUCAUGUCUGGAAGUCAUAUUUAGAAGUGAUCAACCCUACGUAUUUUUAAAAACUAAUGUCUUAUUUGAUUUAUAUAUUGCAACUUUAGAGAGUUCUUUGUAAGAAUAGGCUUACCGUUUUAUAGUCUUCAAGGCCUGGGGGAUCAUGUCCUUUGUAAUAAUUAAAGAUGCGAACUGUGAUAUGUAAGUGCAAUAAAUAGGAAUUACUGUUUUCUGCUCUGAAUAAGAAAACUGUAAUCAGCCCCUGAAUAAUUUCUAACUGUACUUCUGAUAGGAAAGACCAAAAACAUUGAAAGUGUGGUACAAAUAAAAUUAUGAACUUACAGU